GCUAGCGCGCUGAUGGCGGAAACAAACCUGGUCACGGAGUUCCCACGGCCCGCGGGUGCCGAACGCUGGGCGGAGGUUAUGGCUAGCUUCGCGGCCAGGAUGGGCGCGCAGGGCCGGCGGGUGGUGUUGGUCACGUCAGGCGGCACUAAGGUCCCUCUGGAAGCGCGACCCGUGCGCUUUCUGGACAACUUCAGCAGCGGGCGGCGCGGGGCCACGUCGGCCGAGGUCUUCCUGGCUCGGGGCUACGGGGUCCUGUUCUUGUACCGCGCUCGCUCGGCCUUCCCCUUUGCGCACCGCUUCCCGCCCCAGGUCUGGCUGUCGGCCCUGCGGCCUUCUGGGCCAGCCCUAUCGGGCAAGCUGAGCCUGGAGGCCGAGGAGGAUGCGCUCCCGGGCUUCGUAGCAGCUUUGCAAAGCUACCAGGAGGCAGAGGCUGCGGGCACCUUUGUGGCUGUGGAGUUCACCACUUUGGCGGACUAUCUGCAUCUGCUGCAGGCUGCCGCCCAGGCGCUCAGCCCUCUAGGCUCUUCUGCGAUGUUUUACCUGGCUGCGGCCGUGUCAGAUUUCUAUAUUCCUGUGUCUGAAAUGCCUGAACACAAGAUCCAGUCAUCUGGUGGCCCACUGCAGAUAACAAUGAAGAUGGUGCCAAAAAUGCUUUCUCCUUUGGUUAAAAAUUGGGCUCCGAAAGCAUUCAUAAUUUCCUUUAAGUUGGAGACUGACCCUUCCAUCAUAAUUAAUCGUGCUCGGAAUGCUUUGGAAGUUUAUCAACAUCAAGUGGUGGUGGCUAAUGUCCUUGAGUCACGACAGUCCUUUGUGGUUAUUGUAACCAAAGACUCAGAAACCAAGUUAUUGCUGUCAGAGGAUGAAGUAGCCAAAGGCAUAGUAAUAGAAGAAAAGAUAGUAGAGAAUCUUCAGUCACGACACACAGCUUUUAUAUGCGACAAAAGCUGAACUAAAGGCUCUUCUAGGACCACAAAGUGUCCAGUGGACCAGGCCUUUUACAGGUGGCAAGAACUAAACUAAAUGCUUUCAUAAGAGCCAGGAGAGUAAAGGGAAGGGUAAAUUCACAGUGUAUAGGCAAAUAAUGGGUUGGUAUUUGUCUUUUAAUGACUAAACCACCAGACACACCUGAAUGUCAUCUUGAUUUGGAACUUGGACUCUGUCUAAAGUGAACACUAUCUCAGGAAGAAAAAAAAAAGCCUAUUGUGAAAUUAUAUAUAUCCUACAAAUGGCAUGUGGGAGGCUGGAUGCAGAAAAUCAGUUUCAUACAAUAGAGAAUUAUGGAUGGAUGCAUGGUCAUGCUUUGAAGAUCAAGUAUUUGUUGAGUUCCCACUCUGGGCUGGGACUUAUGUGACCUAUGAAGGUUAAAAAGAUGGAUACACUUGUCCCAUUUGGGAAAUGAAUGUGUAAGAACUUAAGUGCAGUAAAGUGUGUGCCCAAAACUGA